AGGAAUGAAAGAGGCACAAAACAGGUGGACAAGUUGAGGAAAAGAGGCCGUCAUUUGAAAGCCUGUGAUGGAGUGUGUGCCACUUGUUAAGCACAGGUCACACACAGAUGGUUAUCCAAGCCCAGGUUUGUCAGAGUGGCAUGCCCUCUCUUGCUUCUCUUCAAAGGUGAAAUGCAGCAAGAGUGGAGGGAGAGAGAGAGAGAGUGGAAAAUGAGAGAGUGUCUAGAUAAGUGUUUGGAUAGACACAGGCGUUUAUUUGUUGACUGACAGAUCAAACUCAAAACAUUGACUGGCCUUGGGCUCCACAACAGGGAGGGAAGGCACCAGUGGGAGUGGCUGGCUUUCGACUGAUGGGACAGACAGCUCACCAGAGAAUCCGGAAGGAGGGAGAGAAUGAGGGAGGAGUGCAGAGGUGAGGAACAGGGGAGCAAGAUAAUGUAAGGAUUAAAGUAGGGGAGGAGAUAUCAAAACGCACAAACAGCAGAGAUAGAAGGGCCUGUGCCGAGAAAGACAGACACGGACAACUAUUCGACAAGAUCUCUAGAGCAAGGACCUUACCUUGUGAUUGGAAGCGCUACAGUGCAGCUUAUGUUUUGUGGAAGCAUUUCUGAAAGGUGCACUACUUGGUGGAUGUGGGCAGGGAUACAGAUUCACUGCAACCUGUCUGUGAGGAACAUCACAAUAUCAGUGUGAAGUCAACCACAGAGCCAAAAUGACAGCUGCCACGAGACUAUUGGACGAGAUGUGCCAUCUCACGGCCCAGUCGCUUACAUCACUGGAGACCUCGGACCACUUCCAGGUGGUCAAGAUGUUAGGGGAGGGGUCGUACGGGAAGGUCAUGUUGGCUGUACAUCGGAAAAGAGGAACUCCAAUGGCCCUGAAGUUCUUUCCUCGUGAUUCCACAAAUCUCUUCUCCUUUUUGCGAGAGUAUAACCUCUCCCUCUCCUUCUGCACUCACCCGUCCCUGACCAAGGCCCUGGGCAUUGCCUUCUCCACCCCCUCACAUUACGUUUUCGCCCAGCAAGCCAGCCUCUUCGGUGAUCUAUACGACGUCAUUGUCCCUGAGGUGGGUGUGGAGGAGGACUGCGUCCAGAGGGUGGUUUCCCAGCUGUGCGGUGCCCUAACCCACCUCCACUCCCUGGGCUUCGUCCACCGCGACGUCAAGCCCGAGAACAUCUUCCUGGUCGACGCUGCCUGCCGCUGGGUCAAACUGGGCGACUUCGGUAUGGCCAAGGCCACGGGAACCAAGGUACCCGGUGUGUGGUACAGUUCUGCUUACUGUACGCCCGAGGCAGAGAUAGCGAAGGAGUCGGAGGAUAGUAGACAUAAUACUGCUUCAAAACYUGAUGGAGGAAAUGGGUUGGACAACAAGAUCAAGAGGGUGUGGGUGUCGGUGGAGGUCAGUACAGACUGCUGGGCCUUGGGGAUCCUCAUCUACGCCAUGCUGACUGGCAGUCUACCCUGGACGCAGACCGCGUCCGACGACCGCUCGUACAUCAAGUACCAAGAGUGGUUUGACCAGCAAGAUGGUCAGGACGACGAACUAGACCUAUGGGGGGAAGGAAAAGACGAGGACAUCAUGAGGAGUUUGGAUGAAGACAAGCCGAAUCGGAGCAAGAGAAAAUCCCAUCCGGUCGCCCCCCAGUUUGCCUGUUUCACCCCACUGGCCAGUUCCCUUUUCCUGUCACUACUUCACCCGCAGCCUAGGCUUCGCGGUAGGCCCGACGAUGUGCUGGGCUACCUCGGAGGAGACUGGUUGCAGGUGAAGGAGAAGAUACAGCUGGAGGAGGAGAGGAAGAAAAUGAGAGGGCGAGAGGUCAUCAGGAACGAGAGAGAGAGGGAAGGAAGGGGAGAGGGAUAAAGGAGUGGCGACACACGAUCAUGAACUCACAAACUCAGAGGUGAAAGAGACAAUAUUUUUUGGACCUUCCAGAAGACAAUACAUAUCCUCUGAUGUGUCACAUUGGUGCUUAAAAAGACAUUGUACAGUAUAUAAUACCACUACAGUUGCACUUACUGUAAGAUAAAUAGCCAUCAAGUCAUUGUUGAUACUGGAUAGCAUUUGGGGAUAGACACAGCUGCAAUUGGCUACUUUAAGGACUUGAAAGCACUUUACAAUUAUCAUUUUGAUGUGUUCAAUCUAGUAAAUUCUAAGUGUGACUUGAUGAUGGUGUUUCUGUAUUCUAAUGUUUUUUUAUAAUAUGUAAAUGUCAUAUUAUUUCUUGUGGUUGGA